AUGAAAAACAAAGGUUAAUAGUUACAUACACUAGCAGUAAAGAAUGGAUCGUUAAUGAAUCCAGAAGGAUAAACAAUCAAUGGUUUGAUCGAUUUGAUUAAAUUGAAAAGCUAACCAAAAAUAGUUUACUAUUUUGAUUUUUUGGUUUGUAUAGAUUAAUCAGGAAAUCCAUUCAUUUUUUAUCAUGACAAAAAUAGAUACAUUAACAUUCCUACAAUUAGUCCAGCCCAAUUGAUAUCUUAUAUAGACAACAAAGGAGGUUAAUUAGCAAUUGCAUUGUAAAAUAAAACUAUUCAAAUUGUGUCUUGUUAAAGUAUAUUUCUAUUCUAAAAAUUAAGAUGGAAGAAAUUUGAAAACACUUAAAGGUCAUGA